GGACAAAUUUUAGUUCCAUACAAAAGCUGCAAAUAGUGUAAGGGAAAUCUAGAUUUCUUGAAUUGUGUAGCAGGCAGAUUUUGCCUAAUUUCUAUAAUUUAGAAAAGAGUGUGUAGUUUAGGCUUAGAUUUUGGUUUCAGCUGGUGAAUUUCAGUGUAGACUAUUGUAUUUUAUAUUUGCAUAGAUUUGCCUACAUUGGAGCAAAUAGGUGUGAGAUUGCGGUUUAUAAUGGAGAAAAAUGUGUCUCUGCCAUCAAAUCUGUGGCUGCUUAAGAAGAAGAGAAGGGCUUCCAGAGCUCCUGUUCUUGUGCCUGAAUUUUACAUUUCUGCUGAAUCUUUAUUACAAGCUCUCAUUGCUCUUGCUCACCAAGUAAUGUCUUGCCAGAAGCCUCCAGGAUGCCAGAGGAGAAAUGCGGUCUCCAUCACUCGAAAAGUUAAGGUUUUGUCCAUACUUUUUGAAGAGGUCAGAGAUUUGGACAUUUCCCUUCCUCUUUCUGUAUUGAAAUCUUUUAGAGAAUUGUAUUUAAUAUUGCUUAGAACUAAAUAUUUGCUGGUGGACUGUAGUAGUGAUAGGAGUUGUGUUUGGUUUUUUGUGCAAACACAAGAAUUCUCAAACCAAUUUUAUGGUUUGAUACAUGAUAUGGUUUCUGUUCUUGAUAUGCUUCCCUUGGCAUUAUUGGAUGUCUCAGAUGAGGUCAGGGAGCAAGUUGAGUUGCUUCACCAUCAGGCUCAGAGAGCCAAAUUGUUUGUUGAUCAGGCUGAGGAAAAACUUUGCAGAGAUGUUUUUGCUGUACUGGAUGAGUUUGAAAAGGAAGUAGCUCCAGAUGAGUCUGCACUUCGAAGGAUUUUGGAUAACCUAAAUCUCCAAAAUGCAAUGGAUUGUCAAAGAGAAACAGAACUAUUGGAGGAAGAGAUGAGAAAUCAGAAAGAAUUAGGAUCAGAGAAAAAUGUGUCCCUAAUUAAUACCUUGAUUGUCUUCAUGCGCUAUUGUAAAUGUGUCCUGUUUUCGGUGGAUUUUGAUUCACAGUUCCAACCAUCAAGCGGAACCCAAUCCUCUGCGGUAGAUUCCGAGGAUGCUUCUCCUAUACCAGAUGAUUUCCGAUGUCCAAUCUCACUGGAUUUAAUGCAAGAGCCUGUUAUUGUAUGCACAGGGCAAACAUAUGAUCUGGCAUCCAUUACCAGAUGGAUCAAGGAAGGACACUCUACAUGUCCAAAGACUGGGCAGAAGCUUGUGCACACAAAUCUGACUCCAAAUUAUGCUCUUCAAAGCCUAAUUGUUCAGUAUUGUGCCGAGCAUAAAAUCUCUUUAGAAAAGUCAGAAAGAAUCAAGAAAAGUUCUUUCUUGGAGGGCAUCCCAAGUACAAAGGCAGCAAUACAAGCUACAAAAAUGACGACAGAAUUUCUUGUGGAAAAGCUUUGUACAGGAUCAUUUGAAGUGAAAAAGCGGGCUGCUUAUGAACUCAGACUGCUUGCUAAAAGUGGCAUGGAUAAUAGGGCUUGCAUUGCAGAAGCAGGGGCCAUACCAUUACUUGUGCCCCUGCUUUCCUCAAAGGAUCCCAAAGCUCAAGAGAAUGCUGUAACUGCACUGCUAAAUCUAUCCAUAUAUGAGAGCAAUAAAGCUAGGAUAAUGGAGUCUGGUGCAUUGCAGGCAAUCAUUAGUGUUGUAAGAAGUGGGUGCAGCAUGGAAGCUCGGGAGAAUGCAGCUGCAACACUCUUUAGUAUUUCCUCGGUAGAUAAAUAUAAGAAAUUAAUAGGAGAGACUCCAGAAGCCGUUCCAGCCUUGAUAGAUCUUCUUCGAGAUGGAACUGCAAGAGGCAAACGCGAUGCGGCAAAUGCCCUGUUUCAUCUGUCAGCUUUUCAUGGAAAUGAUUUACAGGUAGUAGCAGCUGGGGCAGUCCCUUUGCUGGUUAAUCUUCUAAUAGAUGAAAGACCAGGUCUUGUAGAUGAUGUUAUCUCUGUUCUUGCUCUGCUUUCCAGACAAUUUGAGGGUUUAAUUGCAAUUAGUGAAGCCUCUGCAAUACCUCUACUUAUUAGUCUUCUUAGAUCAGCUUCUGCCUCACCCAAAUCCAAGGAGCAUUCAGUUGCUAUCUUACUAGCCCUGUGCUGCCACAGAGGAGCUGAAAUUGUAAAUAUCUCGUUGAGAAUGCCUUCACUAAUACCUGCUCUGUAUAGUCUUUUCACCUCUGGCACACCUCGAGCCAGAAAGAAAGCCACUUCACUGCUCAGAAUCCUUCACAAUUGGGAACCUUCCCAAUCUCCACAAAACAUUGUGGUCUCUCAGAAUCAGAAUCCAGUUGCUUCGGUCAUGUAGCCAUUGAGGUUUUUUAAUUUACUCAAACUGGCAUAGCCGGCUUCUGAUUCAUUCUUUUAGCGAUGCACAAUGGCACAUUCUUCAAAUAUGUUUGGUUCCUAUAUAUUUGUUGUACAGUUACACUAUAUCCCUUGGUCAUCAAGGAUCAAGAUAAAACGUAGACAAAUCUGUCGUCAGGCAGACAUUUGUCUUGUCAACUAUAUACUCUGUAUAAAAAGAUAUAGCAGACGAUCAUACAUUAACAUGGAUGGAAUUUAAAUUCAAGGUGUAAAAAGCCAGUUCUGUAAUUUUCAGUCAAUAAAAAUUAUUUGAAUCGAAGUAUGAUGAA